AGUUUUAGUGCCCAAAAAGUCCAAUUUAAACAUAUUGCAAGGUGAAAUUUAUGGAAACAUUACUAUCUGCGCUUCGAUUUGUGUGAUUUUUAUUUCAUUACCUUCUCAGUGAAGACGAGGUUUUCAGCUGUUUUAGUCAGAGGUGCUUUUACUUGCAGUGCAGAAUUUUGAGACAGUUAUACCACGAGAAUAAUGUUAACUAUCAGGCAAGAUAGCUGAUAAAUCAAGUCACAUACAGUGCUCGAGGUUUUCAACAAUGAAAGCUAAGGUCGAGGUGGUCAUUUCCGGAGCUGCAGGUGCAUUCCCAGAGUGCAAGAGUAUUCCCGAGUUUGAGGAUGCACUAUUCAACAAAACAGAUCUCGUCACCAAUGAUGACCGCAGAUGGAAAGAAACCCCUGGAUAUCCCAGUCACUGCGGUAAAGCGUUUACUCACGAGAAGUUCGACGCACUUUUUUUCAAAGUUCCAUUUAGUUCACCCACUACUAUGGAUCCUCUAGCAAAGAAAUGUCUAGAAACAAGUGUGGAAGCUAUUAUCGAUGCGGGAGUAAAUCCAAAGUCACUGGCUGGUACGCGAACAGCCGUUUAUGCUAUAUACGACUUUAGUGAAUUCGAAAUGAGCGUGGUUGACGCGCAAUCGCAAAGAGCGCUCCUCGGCAUCGCCCGAACGUUCGCAGCAAACAGACUUUCAUUUACUCUCAAUUUGAAAGGUCCCAGUUUUACCGCUUUGGGAGGUUAUGGACAAACCUUCCAUUUCAUCGACGAGGCGAAGGGUCAGUUAGAAGAAGGGGAGAUAGAUGCCGCGGUAAUCGUGACUGCCAACUACAUCAUGUCACCCCGCUCUUUGGCCAUAUUACACAGCAUGGGCUUGGCUGCCAACGACGGGAAAUGUAGAUCUUUCGACGAAAAUGCCCACGGAUACUCUCGGAGCGAGGGCUGCGUAGCGUUUUUCCUCCAACGAGCGCCAGAGGCUCGCAGAAACCACGCGACGGUCAUCGGGGCUGAAUACAGGUUUUUCGGCACCAAAGAGGGUAACGUCCUCGCCCUCGACGGAGGACCAGCCAAAGAGAUGCUUCGUCAAAUCUACUCGAAGUGGAACGUUGACCCAGCCGAGGUCGGCUACAUCGAGGCAGACGGCUCCGGGAUCAAAGAUAGGGACGCUAAGGAAGUAGACAUUCUCUCUGACGUUUUUUGUCCUAAGCGAAGAAAGCCUCUCCUCAUUGGAUCGGUGAAAUCAAACAUGGGUCAUGCAGAGGCAGCUGCUUGUGCUGUAGGAGCGGUCAAAGCCAUCAUAGCACUCAAGAACACUAAAAUACCGCCGAAUAUUAACAUUAGCUCACCAAUUCCCGAGCUCACAUCCAGAGGAAUCAAGGUUAUAAUGGAGCCAACACCUUAUGACGAAGAGUUGAUUGGCAUUAACUCAAUCGGUUUUGCCGGACACUUUGGGCACCUCCUAUUAAAAGGAAAUCCCAAAAAAUCCUCAUCUACACUGAUUGAAGAAAAUCUUCCGCAAAUCAUACUGCUCUCCUCUCGAACAGAGUCAGGAAUAAUUGACGUCAUGAAAAGAGUCAAAAAGACAAAAAUUACCCCUGAAUUCGCAUCCUUGGUAAACGGAGUAUUCAGUCAAGAAGUGCAGAGCCACAUGUACAGAGGUUAUGCAAUUGUUACAUCAGAUAACGGACAUGUCACGAGUAAAUCUCAGAGAACGGACGGAGGCCAGAGGCCGAUUUGGUGGGUGUUCUCAGGAAUGGGUUCUCAAUGGAACGGUAUGGGUUCUCAGCUGAUGCACAUUCCAAUCUUCCGCGACGUCAUCAACAGGUGUGACAGUGUUCUCGCACCACAUGGCGUGGACAUCAAACAUAUCUUAACGUCCAAAGAUAAGGACAUCUUUGAUAAUAUUUUGCACGCCUUCGUUGGUAUCACUGCUGUUCAAUUAGGAUUUGUCGAACUACUACGAGCAUUGAAGCUGGAGCCUGAGGGAAUAGUAGGACAUUCUGUCGGAGAAUUGGGGUGUGCUUACGCCGAUAACUGUCUAACCCUUGAACAAACCAUUUUAGCUGCGCAUGCACGUGGAAGAGCAUCACUGGAGUCAACCCUUAUUAAAGGGAUGAUGGCUGCCGUUGGAUUGAGCCACAAAGAUAUCACGGGUCAACUACCGAAAUCCAUAGAUGUUGCAUGUAGAAAUUCGGACUCAAGUUGCACGAUAUCCGGCCCUGCAGCGGACGUCGAAAAAUUCGUCUCCGAAUUGACCUCACAGAAAGUUUUUGCACGAAGUGUGAACGUUGCAAACAUUGCAUACCAUUCUCGAUAUAUUCAACCCGCCGCGCCAAUCUUACUCAAAUAUUUGAAAGAGGUCAUUCCGGAAAACACAGCAAGGUCAUCAAAAUGGAUCAGUAGCUCAAUUCCAAGGGAAGACUGGGCUUCAGACUUAGCCACUUACAGUUCUCCGGAGUACCACACAAACAAUCUGCUGAGCCCUGUUCUCUUUGAAGAUGCUAUCAAGUCAAUACCAUCGAACGCAGUUUUAAUCGAAAUCGCACCACACGGACUGCUCCAGGCCAUCCUCAAACGUGCUAUGCCUACACAAGUUACCAAUGUUCCACUUACCCAUCGAUCUAGUCCAGACGGCGUCAAAUUUCUCUUGGAGGCUAUCGGACAGUUAUGUCUGCUUGGAUGUGAACCAAACGUGUCAGCUCUGUAUCCACCUGUUCAGUUUCCCGUGCCGCGAGACACGCCCAGCCUUCAGCCGUUCGUCACAUGGGAUCAUUCAGAGACGUACGAUCUUCCAAACUAUAUGAAACACAACAGGGACAAAGAUGCCACGGCAGUUUCGGAGAAGUGUUUUCCUUUGAAAGAUAUAAUCGAUGUUCUGAAGAUGUACAGGGAAAAAGAGGUCCCCGUUUCUUGGCAUUCUUUGAUCUUGAUUGAAGUGUGGAAAACUUUUGGAGCCAUAGAAAAGAAAGAAUUUAAAACGUUUCCCGCUGUCAUCGACAACAUUCAGAUGUUUACAGAGCUGAAUUUAUCAGCAGAUGGUCCAAGUCAAGUUUGGAUUCAAAUAUUCCGCGGCAGUGGCGAAUUCGUCGUGUUCCAAGAUUCUCUGGGUGAUAAAUCGAAUAAUUCCCCUGAUAAGCCUGAGACCGGUGGUGAGAAUCAAGGCAUUGUGCUCAUGACGGGGAGAAUCAACAUUUGGGAGCGAGAAUCGAAACCCAGUAAAGUCCCGUCUAUUAACGAUUUUCAAGAGACUCUGAACGAACACGAUUCAUACGGGCACUUCCUUGACUUUCUGGAUUCAGUGGGCGGGACCCACGCAAAAGCAAUAACGGACAUUCAUACCUGCUCAAAAGGGUUGUUGGGAAAAAUUAAAAUAAGCCGAGACUGGAUCGUUUACUUGGACAGAAUUAUGAACCUUAAUAUUAUGUGGAACGCUCAAGCCACUAGACAGUUACCAAGACCUGCCUCAAUUCAAUCUAUUAAACUUGAUCCUGAGCAAGUGGACCGUCUGAAAACAGUUCCAGAUGUUGAAUUUUUCCUGAAUACAGCUGUUAACUGUCUGCAGUGCAUUGGAGUUACGAUAAAUGGUUUCAAAACUAAUCCAGCGACAAAAAUAGUUGAAAAUUUGGAUGAUGUGCACGCAGAGAGGCUUAACUUUGUACCAUAUGGAAAUAGCACAUUUAAGAAUGUACAAGAGUUUUGGCGCGCCAGUUUUCAAGUAAUGUCUGAAAAUUCAGAUAGCUCCACUGCCAAGUUAAGAGUGCCGCUAGAUUUCAAAAUAAGUGAUAAGCGGAACGGAAAAUCACCUCCAUCGCCUUCUAAAAUACUCAACGAUUUUCUGCAGGCUGGCAAUGAUUUGAAUGUUGAAAUUGUACCCGCUCACUCUCACGAAAAUGGCACAAAAGUUGGAGUCCAUCUUUCAUACAUUUAUGGCCAACACUCAUUGUCACAAUUAUCACUUCAGGAAAACAGCGAUAAUGCCUAUUAUCUUGUAGAGGUGCCUGGAGAGCAAAUCAAAAGUAGUUUGAAGUCCGUCCUGAACUGUGGGAAAGACUAUGCUAUUUUAUACGAACAAGUAUUUGGUUCUUCCAGAUACGGGCUCCUGAAAAGAAAGACCUCUGGUUGGAAACCGAAAAUUUAUCAUGUGUCAGAAAACGUGUUUUCAACCUUGGAUGCCUUAAAAUUGGAGGCUGAGACAGCGAACGAAAAGUUGGUUUUGGUUUUCAACAGACCUUCAUUCAAAAACCCUGAGGGCAUGAUCCGUAAACUUUUAAAGAAGGCUGGGACAACAAACUAUAGGUUUUUUUUCUUACUGGAUGAUCAUGCAAUUCCGUUUUCCCUUAACGAAAGCUUCUACCUUGAACAACUGGAGAAAGGAGUAGUGGUCAACGUACUAAAAAAUGGGAAAUGGGGCAGUUAUCAUGGUACGCCAAUUCCAAAACCAGUCCCUGAAAAUGUGGCCAAAAUCUUACCCCAUGUUGACCAAGUGUCCGAGGAGGUUGACCUUCGUUACAUCGGUUUGAAUCCUUCCGGCCUCCACAAUAUGACGAAGGGAUCGCCGGCGAUUCUGGACUACUCCGGGGUUACACCAGCGGCCGCUCACAUAAUAGGAUUAGCUCAGAAAAAUGAAGGAUCCAAGAAUAAUAUUCGUCUGGAUUCGAUUUUCCAAUGGACUGUCUCGAAGGAUCUUCCAUUGGAUGAAGCUGCUUCCCUUCCAUCCGCGUAUUUAAUGGCUCAUUUGAUUUUGGAGGAAAGGAUGGCAGUUAGAAUAGUUAAUGAUACGGACGGAACGAUGAAAAAGACAGCCUUCAUUAUGGGCGGUCAAACGCCUGUUGGUAUGGCUCUCAUAUCUCUUUGCCUCGAAAGAAAAUACAAUAUUUACACUACUGUUCCUAACGAAGCAGCUUAUCAACUAGUGUCAUUGAUGUUCCCUCAGAUUCCCAGAUCCAACAUCACAGACCACAGCACCGAAGACUUUUACGUUCCGGUGAUGUUAGGAACCAACGGCAUAGGACCUGACAUUAUAGUGUGCGAUGCACCUCGGAAACCGAUGCUUACCGCUUGGUCGUGUAUCGGCAAACACGGGAGUUUCGUCAACCUCAACGAGGAAACGAUGCAACACAAUGCACCUCUCCCCAUGGGCAGGUUCAGUAAAGAUACCGGUUACUACGGCCUCAAGCUAUCCCAACUGGUGCAGUUACCGAAAGAACGAAAAAUUCAGCUUCAUGCGCUUGUUAGUAAAAGUCUCUCGUCUGGACGGAUAGUUCAUAUGCCACACAAAUCAGUGGACGUCAAUAAUCUAAGUCAGUUAUCUAGAACUGCUGAAUUGGUCACAGAGCAAGGUGGUAAACUAUUGCUGGACGUCGGUUCGAACUGUAGAGACAGAAAAAUCCGAACAUCGACUUCCGAUAAUAAUUGUGACAAGCAGAGAGAACGGAUUACUCCUAAGGAUGCUCAAGUCUCCUCCGUCAUCAUAACCUCAAGCGUUGGGAAAGUGGUAAAAUUGGUCGACUGGUUAUUACAGCGUGGCGUGAAGAAUAUUGUGUUAUCGACCUCAGAUGCGGGGGACUUCAAAGCAGCACUACGUACAAUCAACAAUGCCACCUCGAGGCAUGAAGCAACCCUAUUAAUGACAUCAGCCAAAGCUGCUCACUCUCCCGCUGGCGUAGAGAAUGUGCUGAACCAAGCUACAAGACUAGGGACGAUUUCAACAAUAUUUACAGUUUCGUUGGAUAAGAAUGACACCCUCAUACCAGUAAUUCAGAGAGUUAUGACGAGUUUUCCAAAUGACUACGCGCUGAUAAAUAUACAAGGAGAAACUUGGGCGUAUGAGAUGAAAAAUAUGGUGACGAUCGUAUGUAACGACGAUGUCAGCUACUGCAACGUCCUGAGCCAGGCUUUGACCGAUCCUGAUAAACCAGCAACUUACGUUGUUUCGGACAAAAACUCCAGUAAAGACAACGACUCCGACGUCGGUGUGCAAGAAUCGAUAUUGGACUAUCUACCUUCUUCUUUGCAAGAAUUAGAGGAAAUGGGAGAGUCCUUGUGUCACUCGGACUCUAGGUGGAGUCCACAGAUUCCUGCUGCAUUUAUACAAACUUCAUCGUUAGCAGCAAAAUUGUCCAGCAAACACAUAGAGGCCCUACCAGUGUUCAUCAUCCCUGCUUUUUGUGAGACGCAGCUGAGGCCCCUGCUGUCCAGAUUCAUGUAUUCUUGCUACGUUGCUCACAUACACCCGCAGGCAAAUUCAGCGCAACAAAUAGCAGAACAUCUUUUUGCGUCUAUGACGAGAGUCCAAAGCAGAGGACCCUACACGAUAGUUGGCGAAACAUGGAGUGGAUCGGUGGCGAUGAUCCUCGCUAAUCUUCUAUCUGAUUCUGGCCAAGAAGUAUCCCUCUUCCUCCUUCAGGGAUUCCCGAGAAAGAUCAAUGCUCUGUUACCUGAUGAAGACUCUCUAGGUGACUGUUUGAGUGACGUCCUGCUCGGACUUAUUGGAAAAGAAGUACUGAGCAAAAUGAAGGAUUUGAAUGGCACCCGGGGCUUUGAAACAGCAAUGCAACUACUACCAAAUAAAUUCGAGAAGACCUUUGUCAUGCGAGCGUUCCAAACCAUCAAGAGGAAUUUAGAACUUGUGAAGAGCAUCUCGAAUCAAAAAAUUCGUUUACAAAAUGCCUUAAUUUUAAUGGAAGUUAGUCAACUAUGCAAGCUGACAUCCGACGAAAUAGAGGAGGUUUCCAACAACGCUCGGCUCGUUAAAAUUGACUGCGAAAACUACAAGCAGAUGAUUUUACACCCAAGGUCGGCGAAGUUGAUCGCAGAGGAAGCUCCAUUUUCUUGGUGACGACGAGCGACUUUCAGAGUGACAAAGUAAGAUGGUAACCAUGACAAACUGUAUAGACUAGAAUAAGACCUGUAUAAGUGUGUAGAUAGCAAGCAUAAUCACAACAUGAUAUUUUUUGAGUCCUCGUAAAGAUUGCCUCUUUAAAAAGGACCUGCCUCAUUAAUUAUAAAUUAGACUCGAGAUCUUUUACCACCUUUGUAUUUUUGUAAAAAGAUUUCACGGAUUUUCUUAUUUUUUUAUUGAUUAUGUAAAUAAAGUUUUGAUUUGCAAGAUUCAUAUGAAGAUAAAGCAGGAAAUUAGAAUUUUACUCAAAUGUGAAACCAUUGGUAGAGUUUGAAAAAUGAGAUAGCAUUCGUCCUAUACUUCGUACAAUUUUCUCGUCUAGUUAUUUUCAUGUUUUACAUAGUCAAUCGGACGUGUAAUUAUGCUAAAAGGAGCCUUGUGCAUAGAAUUGGGUGAAACAUAGUUCCUUUAAGCAUAAAUACGUCCAAUUGCGAAAAAAAGGAUCGAAUAAGAGUACAUGAUUGAUCAUCAGACCUUUUGUAUUCGUCUACUGAGAAAGAUAGACAAUUUAUGUUUCUUUCAUAUACUACAUUAUUUCAACAAAAGAUAGCUUUACCUCAUGAAAACAAUAAAUGAAAUACGUUUCU